UUGGGCAGCUACGGGAGGCGCUAUCGGUCCGCCCUGCGGUGUGAGGGGGCGGGUCCGCUCGGUGGUCCGAGCCCGGCGCUCCCGAGGGUCGGGCUGUUCCCCUCGGGGUUAGUGGUUGUUCCCUCCAUCGCCUUCCAUUCCCCUGGCCAGCUGGACCGCAGACCCCUUUUGUUUGGCUCUUUCAAUGGUGCCUUGUCCACUGUACCUGUGCAUGAGCUGGGCUCGACGGUCAUCAGAGAAGUCCUGAAGAGGGCCUCGGUGGCUCCGGAGGAGGUGUCCGAGGUCAUAUUCGGACAUGUGUUGGCAGCAGGUUGUGGGCAGAAUCCUGUUCGACAAGCCAGUGUAGGUGCAGGAAUUCCUUAUUCUGUUCCAGCAUGGAGCUGUCAGAUGAUCUGUGGGUCAGGCCUGAAAGCCGUGUGUCUUGCUGCCCAGUCAGUAGUGCUAGGAGACUCCAGCAUUGUGGUUGCAGGAGGCAUGGAAAGUAUGAGCAAGGCUCCUCACCUGGCUCACUUGAGAACGGGAGUGAAAAUGGGUGAGAUGCCACUCGUUGACAGUAUCCUCUGUGAUGGUCUCACAGAUGCAUUUCACAACUAUCAUAUGGGCGUUACAGCUGAAAAUGUAGCCCAAAAAUGGCAAGUGAAUAGAGAAGAUCAGGACAAAGUUGCAGUUCUGUCCCAGAACAGGACAGAAAGUGCACAGAAAGCUGGCCAUUUUGACAAAGAAAUUGUACCAGUUUUUGUGUCUUCUAGAAAAGGUCUUACAGAAGUUAAAACAGACGAGUUUCCUCGCCAUGGGAGCAAACUAGAAGCCAUGUCCAAGCUAAAGCCUUGCUUCCUUACAGACGGGACAGGAACCGUCACUGCAGCCAAUGCCUCAGGAAUAAACGAUGGUGCUGCAGCCGUGGUUCUUAUGAAGAAGUCAGAAGCCGAUAAUCGUGGGCUCACCCCUUUAGCACGGAUAGUUUCCUGGUCUCAAGCAGGUGUGGAGCCUUCUAUUAUGGGAAUGGGACCGAUUCCAGCGAUAAAGCAAGCUGUUGCAAAAGCAGGGUGGUCACUGGAGGACGUGGACAUAUUUGAAAUCAAUGAAGCCUUUGCAGCCCUCUCCGUUGCAAUAGCCAAAGAACUUGGAUUAAACCCAGAGAAGGUCAACAUUCAAGGAGGGGCUAUAGCCUUGGGACACCCCCUUGGAGCAUCUGGCUGCCGGAUUCUCGUGACCCUGUUGCACGCGCUGGAGAGGACAGGCGGGACACGCGGUGUUGCGGCGCUGUGCGUGGGGGGUGGGAUGGGAAUAGCGAUGUGUGUUCAGAGAGGAUGAACUGCGUAACGGUUAAAGCAUACUUCAACUAAGUGAACUAAUGUGAAUGAUGUAAAUGGGAAAUGGGAGGAUCAAAGUGAGAAUGGAAAACCAUCUACUUCACAGACAGCUUGCUGUUCUUUAAUGUGUAAUACCAGAGAGCAAGACAAUUGCAUCUAACAUUGUUAUAAAUAAAAAAGAGAUCAGUCAUCGAGG